AUGCAGAUUUUGAAGAGCGUGUCAUGUUUUUACAGGAACCUGCCGGAGGUGUUUGCUGUCGAGUCUGAAGCGGAAACAGAGCCUCUCAGUGUUUCUGCUGUAAUGUGUGUGUCCUAUCAGCAGGCAGCCUCUGGUAAGUGUACCAUCUGUGACCGGGUCCGCAUGCCAUCAUCCUCUGAACCUCUGCCACUGAGGGUGAGCCGCAGCGGGUCACAUGACUCCUGCCUCUCUGCCAACCGCUGUGGAGAGCAGCCAACAGGAAGCACGCUCUGCUCGUCUUCAUCACCCCAGCGGAUCAUCAUAGCUGCCAUCCACCUGGACACCCCGAGGUGCUGGAGAAAGCAAAACGGCGAUCAGGAACAUCCUCCACCCAGACCUCUGCUUCCACAAGUCCGGUUGGGUCGGAAACGCCCCCUGCCCUCCUGCCCCAACCCUCUGUUCCUCCAGUGGCUCACCGAGCUGCGGGACGCCGCCAAAGAGAAGGGCCUGAAGCUGCAGUACGUCUACCAGAAGGCCAUCAGCUCUUUGAACAAAUAUCCAUUGCCGCUUCAAAACGCCAAAGAGGCCAAAAUCCUGCAGAGCUUUGGAGACGGCAUCUGUAAAAUACUGGAUCAGAAACUGCAGCGAUAUCUCAGAGAGAACGGUCCAGACGCUCCGAUCCACUCUCUCCCUGAAGGAGCGCCCCGCAACAGCCUGGAUCCAUCCAGAAAGAAGAAUGCAGCCGGGGAUCAAGGGAAAAACAAAGGAGGCGGAGGAGGGAGGAAGAAGAGGGAGUACAUUCCCCAGAGACGGUCUGGAGGUUACGCUGUUCUGCUCACACUGUACAGAGUGUCUCAGAUCCCAGGCAGCAAAGGCUACAUGUUUAAGAUGGAGCUCCAAGCAGAAGCUCAGCAACUCUGCGAUAAGUCCUUCACUGUGCCAGAUCUGGGCAGUAAGUACACGGCCUGGUCUUCAGUGAGCACUCUGAUCCAGAAGAACCUGGUGAUGAAGACCCACAACCCUGCAAGGUAUUCUCUGACAGAAGAGGGUCUGGCUUUAGGGGAGCGCCUCAAGUCUUUAGAGGGAACUAAAGGUCCAGAAGGAGACAGAGAGGAGGCCAGGAGUGAAGGAAACAAGCAGGAGGAGGGAGAGGAGGGUGGCCCGGGGUUUGUGGACCUCACUGUUAGUGAUGAUGACGAAGAGGAGAAGGAAGAGGAGAGAAUACAACCUACAGAGAGGCCGAUCUCCUCUGCCCAGCCGAGGGUUGUCGUUCCUGGGAUGUUCUUUUCAGGAAAACCCCAAAAUGUACCGUCAACGAGCAGAAACCCAAAUUCAUGGAGUCUCCUUCCCGGCUCCUACGAGAUCAUCCUGUGUGUGUGUGUGUGUGUGUGUGUGUGUGUGUGUGUGUGUGUGUGUGUGUGUACUGUUGGUGUGUUUGUGAAGCGGAAGCAGGAUCUGGUCAAAGAGCUGCAGAUGAACGGAGUGACGUUCGAUGUGAGGAAGCUCAACGUGGGAGAUUUCCUGUGGGUCGUUCGGGAAAAGGUCGCAGCUAUUCCAGGUCAGUUGCGGACCCCCGUUGGCCGUGAGCUCGUCCUGGAUUACAUCAUCGAGAGAAAGAGGAUGGACGACCUGUGCGGCAGCAUCAUCGACGGGCGCUUCAGGGAACAGAAGUUCCGUCUGAAGCGCUGUGGUCUGCGUAACCCCUGCUACCUGGUGGAGGAGUGUGGGAAGGCUGCCUCUCACCUGAGUUUACCUGAGACCACGCUGCAGCAGGCCAUCAUCAACACACAGGUUGUUGAUCGCUUCUUUGUGAAGAGAGUCCAGGAUGUGAGGGAGUCGAUGGCCUACCUCACUGUCAUGACUCGAUACCUGAAUAAACUCUACCAGAACUGUACGCUGACGUGUCGCUCCAGAGAGCUGGAGAGAGAGGAUGAGGAGGAGGAAGAGGAGAGGGACCCCCCCUGCUCUCUUAUCUCUUUUGCAGAGUUCAACCACGGUGCAAUCAAAAUGUGUGUGUGUGUGUGUGUGUGUGUGUGUGUGUGUGUGUGUGUGUGUGUGUGUCCAUAAAACCUUUUGCUG